AUGGUCGACGGAACCACCUUCCGCCCCACCGAGCAGUUGGCAAACAGCCAGGUCAGGCUUCCCAAGAAGCUCAUUGUGUGCUGUGAUGGAACCUGGAUGGACGCCGACAAUGGCUACUCAGGGGGCAAGCUCCAGAAUCCGUCGAAUGUGACGAGGAUCGCACGAGCGAUUAUGUUCGAAGAUGAUGCUAAGCAUCCUCAAAUUGUCUACUACCAAAGCGGUAUCGGUACUGGUCUCGGUCUCUACGAUCAGGUUCUUGGAGGAGGGACCGGUAUUGGACUGUCAGAACAUAUACGGGAAGCAUACAGCUUUCUAGGCAUGAACUAUUCUCCCGAUGACCAUCUGUGUGGACCAGAUUCCAUAUUUCUCAUAGGUUUCUCGCGUGGUGCUUUCACAGCGAGAAGUCUGGGUGGCUUCAUUGCUGCAGUCGGCGUUCUCACACGAAAGGCGAUGCCAUAUUUCUACGAAUGCUUUUCCGAUUGGGAGAACGUCGGUGUAGCAGGCUACAAGCCACGAUUCCUGGACGCAUACUGUCGAGCCAAUCCAGAUGAGAGGUUAGAUGCAAGACUAAGCCAACCAGAUCCAGCAAUAGCGCAUUCCAGGGAUGUCGGCGCCAUCGAUGAGUACAUGAGGCAGUACAAAAAUCAUUUGUUGUCCCUAGGCUUAACACAGGAAGCUCAGAUCAAAUGUAUCGGUGUGUGGGAUACUGUCGGCGCCCUCGGUAUCCCUGUGAACCCAGUCUUCCAGGGCUUUCUGCCUGCCUUUAUCAAGGAGUAUAGCUGGUACGAUACGCGGCUCAGCAACGCCGUUGAGAAUGCCUUUCACGCCCUGGCUUUGGAUGAACGACGCUUUCCUUUCUCGCCUGCAAUAUGGGAGCGUGACGACACAGGAACAACUAAUCUGAAGCAAGUCUGGUUUCCUGGAGCGCACUCCAACGUGGGAGGGUCAUACGAUGACUACGGGAUGGCAAAUAUCACGCUUGCCUGGAUGAUGGACCAACUGAGUGGCAAUACACGAGAUCCCAACAAGGCAUUCGAUCCACUCGACUGGAUCAGGUUUGAUGAUGACUUUAUCAACUUGUGUUUCCGACAGUCGAGCAACUAUUACGCCAGUAACUCCGGACUCGACGACUACAACGGUUGGGCAAUGGGAAAAGUCUAUGAUAGCAACACGUUUCCCCAGUCCCUAGCAGGCGCCAAAGUCCGAACACCCGGCCGUUAUCAAAAGACAGACUACCUCACAGGCAAGAACACGGGAGUCCCAUUGAGUGUGACAAACGAAUACAUCCAUUCCUCUGUACGAGCACGCAUGGACCUCGCAGGCCGAGGCGUCGAGCCUCAAGCCUGGCACCAAAAAAUCUUCUCCUUCAUCUGGCGCCUCAUCACGUUCCAAAAAGCACCCCAUUUAUAUCAACCGCAAUGCGCACCUCGCUGGAAAGGUUUUCUCGCUCAAGCUGGCCCUUUGUAUUCAUGGAAGCUCAUCGAUGGACACCCUUCACACGACAUCCCCAACAUGACCAUCGACAUGAGCCCCGGCGGCCUUCGCGAGGCGCAUUGGAAAUUUGAAGGCAAUGGAAAAUGCACGACGGAUAUUUUCAAGGAAGAUGUUUUUGCUGAAGGAGGUUAUGAGGAGAGAUUGUUGUUGCAUGAUCAAGAGGUGGCGAGUAUUCUCUCGAGUAAUAGGUAUAAGAGACCGAGGAAGGAGUGGCGUUGGUCGAAGACGUUUUGA